AUGCUCCUACCGCUGGUGGCGGCGGGGCUGGCGCUGUGCGCGGCGCUGCUGUGGUUGCGGGGGCGGCCGGCCGGGCCGGAGGGGGCCCGAGGGCGGGUGUGCGUGGCGGUGCUGGGCGACCUGGGCCGCAGCCCCCGCAUGCAGUACCACGCGCUCGCCCUGGCCCGGCACGGACACGGCGUCACCCUGCUGGGCUUCCUCAUGCUGAUCGCUGCUUCCUUCACUCAGAUCAAAGUGCCGCCAGCUGUGUAUGCUCAUCUUAGUAUUCUAGAUGUUCUCUACUUUGAACUGGGCACAAAGCCACAUAGUGACAUUUUGUGCAAUGAAAAGAUACACAUUGUAUCUAUUUCAGAACUUAAAGUAUUGCAAGUUGGUCCUAAGAUUUUCCAGUAUAUUACAAAAGUUAUUGCACAGGCAAUACAACUGUUCUAUACAAUGCUGAAGAUAGAUCGGCCAUCUUAUAUUCUUCUUCAGAAUCCUCCAGGCCUGCCUAGUAUAGCUGUUACCUGGAUGAUUUGCCUUGUACGAAGAAGCAAACUGAUCAUUGAUUGGCACAACUAUGGUUAUACUAUAAUGAGUCUGAUCCAUGGAAAAAAUCACCCUAUAGUACAAAUUGCAAAGUGGUAUGAAAAGCUUUUUGGACGUCUAUCUGACUACAACUUUUGUGUGACUAAUGCAAUGAAAGAAGAUCUACAAAUGAAUUGUAAUAUCAAAGCAAUAACCCUCUAUGACAAGCCAGCUUCUUUUUUUAAGGAAACACCAUUAGAACUCCAGCAUAAAUUGUACAUGAAACUUGCCAAAGACUAUGCUCCAUUUAAAAGAGGAACAGACUCCAUAUAUCCAGAUGUUGAGAAAUCUGCAUUUACAGAACUAGACAUCAGAAAUGGAAAUGUGACACAAGUCAAAGAAAGACCAGCUCUUCUAAUUAGCAGCACCAGUUGGACAGAGGAUGAAGAUUUUUCUAUUCUUUUAAAAGCUUUAGAAGAUUAUGAAGAGUAUGUCAAUGAUGGAAUCAAGCUUCCUUCUUUAGUAUGUGUGAUAACAGGUAAAGGGCCUCUAAAAAAGCACUACAACAGACUGAUAGACAAAAUGCAUUUUAAACACAUCCAGAUCUGUACACCGUGGCUAGAAGCUGAGGAUUACCCUGUUCUACUUGGCUCAGCAGAUCUGGGUGUCUGUCUCCACAAAUCAUCUAGUGGUUUGGAUCUGCCUAUGAAGGUGGUGGAUAUGUUUGGCUGUUGUUUACCUGUAUGUGCAGUACAUUUCCAGUGUUUACAUGAACUUGUGAAACAUGAUGAAAACGGCUUGAUAUUUAGGGACUCGAAUGAACUUGCAGAACAGCUGAAGAUGCUCUUAUUGGAAUUUCCUACAGGUGAAAGUAAACUUUAUCUGUUCAGAAGAAAUCUUCGGGCAUCCAAACAGCUGCGGUGGGAUGAGAGCUGGGAACAAACUGUGCUUCCUGUGUUUAGGAACAAUUAAUGAUUUCCAAAAAAUGGACAAAAGAAUUUGUACAUAUGAUUUUCACAUUCCCAAGUUUGGUUAUACAUGAUGGAAAUGGUGAAUAAAACCUUUAUAUUUGGUCU